UUGAUUCCAAGAAAAAAAAAAAAAAAAAAAAAAAAGGUUACCGGUGGCCAGGUAGCCAGGUGGAGCCUCCAGCCCCUCCUCCAGCGGGCACCCCGCCCCUCGAGGCUGCGACCUGAGCAGGCUGAGCCUCCACCUGACUCACCUUACAGCCGCUCUGAAACUCAAUGCCAGGCCACAGAGGCUCCAGCCUCCGGGGAAUUACACAGACCUCCGCGACGCUCCGGAGUCAGACGGGCUGACAUGGAAGCGCCCUACCGGGGCCUGGGCCGCUGCGUCGGCUGCUUCUGGCUCGCAGUAGCCUUUGACAUUGUGGGACUGCUCGUCCUUCUCCUCGGGGUGUUUGUCAACGUGUUCUUCUACGACCUGCUCAUCUACGCGGGGGCCAUCGUCAUCUUCCUCAGCCUCAUCUGGUGGGUGUUCUGGUACUCCGGGAACAUCGAGGUCCCCCCGGCGGAGCUGGAGGAUGAUGUCGGCUUAUUGAAGAAGAACAAGGGCGCUCUGGGCGGCAUCGGCGGCGCGGUGCGGCGCCUCUCCAGCCGCGUGUCCGGCGGCAUCAGGUCCUCGCUGCGUCGGAACGGAGGAGCGCCCGGGACGCGCGCGGCCCCCACGCAGAUGUCAGCCAGGGGGCCCUCGGUGGCCCCGCGGGCGGAGCAGGUGGCCGUUGUCAUGGCAACGAUGACCCCACAGGAGGACAUCCCGCACACUGCUGGGUCCUCAGUGGCGGGGAGUGACGUGGAAAUGCCGAGAACGACAACAGAGACUUCACCUGCAUAGUGCAGGCCGACAGGGACCUGACCAGCCUGCGUGUCUUCACCUGACUCCAACGGAUCCUCAACGGUGCCACUGUUUGUGUGCUUUAUGAGACAUUAUUAAUCAUGGAUGAUGAGAUCUGGAAAUAUGUUGUUGAGUCUUUGACAACAUCAAAACGUAUGGUUUUCUAAGUUUCUUAGUACAGUUUUCUAUGGAUAGUGGUAGGAAUCAGAGGGAACCUCACCACGUACUGUAGGCCUCAUUUACGG